CGGCGCCGCACCCACCAGCUCGGGCCUCGGGUCUGGCUCCAGUGUCCGUCCGGCCCACGACUGACCGACCGCGGCCGCAGCUCCCGGCGCCAGGAUGUCCACAGGGGGGCCUUCCGGGGCUGGCGCUGCCACAGGCAGCAAUCGCAGACUCCAGCAGACUCAAAACCAAGUGGAUGAGGUGGUGGACAUCAUGAGGGUCAACGUGGACAAGGUGCUGGAGCGGGACCAGAAGCUGGCGGAGCUCGACGACCGGGCAGACGCGCUGCAGGCCGGGGCCUCUCAGUUCGAGACUAGCGCGGCCAAGCUCAAGAGGAAGUACUGGUGGAAGAACUGCAAGAUGUGGGUGAUCGGAAUCACGGUGCUGGUCGUCGUCAUCAUCAUCAUCGUGGUGUGGUCGAUUUCACCCUGAAGACGUGCCCGGACACUCCUGUCUGCUCCCACACCGAGUUCACCUCCCGUUUUCUAACUCCUUCGCUUCUGUUGAUGUUUAUGUAAGAUUUUCUAGCAAAAUCUUUCUUGCCUUGUCGAGCUCGUCCUGAGUAGAUGCGCGUCUGGGGACUGUGUGCCCCACCUCGCCAGCCCUCAGAGCCCCAACUCCACCACGUGCCUUCCAGAACCAACACUACUACCUACUAACACCAGGACUCUUGUGCCUUACUGAGCCUCCGUGCCGGCCUGUCCGGGGGAGCCGCACAUUUUCUCCAGACGUGACAGUCCCUUACAGGUUCCUUCUAGAACUGUGGCUCUAACCAAAGUUUCUACCGUGCCAAAAAGUUAGCACCAGUUAGCUGCUUCCUGACAGAAACUAUCAGAAAAGGGGGCUCCAGGUUCCUUUAGCCUGGGGGUGGGAGAUGAUGACUGGUGUAUCUGGGGACCCCUCAGCUUCUUCCUGCCUCAGCUCCUCCAACAAAGGAUGUGAGGUUGGUGCAGGGCCUUGGCCAGCCACAGCCAGGUGUCCUCCCUUCGGGGACAGCGGUGCUUGGCAUCCACAUUCUGGAAUGCCUGGCUCUAUGCAGCCGGCCGCUGGUCUGGGUGGGCGGCUGCCCGGUUGCCCCAUCACCAGGCUUGGCCCGGCUCUGAGAGGGGCUGGGGCAAAGAGAAAGCUGGAGUCACUGUGUGCGCUGCUGUGUGGCCACAUCCACCGUGGGGCUGACAGGCACUGCCUGGGGGUCCCCGCCCCGCCUGCCAUAGCCCUGAAAUACCUCGCUUGGUUCUGUGUUUCACUAGAAUGAACCUGAAUAAAGUGUUUACCCUUGUU